AUGUAUGCAGUACCAGAGAAUGUCACUACUGUGAAGACAUUUGUCCUGUCAGGCUUGACCACUAGCCACAGCACCGAACUGGCGCUCUUCGUUUUCUUCACAGCUAUCUACUGCCUGAUCCUAGUUGGCAAUGUCCUCAUCGUCAUCACCAUCAUCUACGACCAACAUCUUCACACGCCCAUGUAUUUCUUCCUCAGCAACCUCUCCUUCAUCGACGUCUGCCAUUCGUCCGUGGUCAUGCCCAAAAUGCUCGCCGACUUCCUAGCGGAGACGAAGACCAUCUCCUUUGGGGAAUGCAUAGCCCAGAUGUUCUUCCUCCACCUCUUUGCUUGCACGGAGAUCUUCCUCCUCACCAUCAUGGCCUACGACCGCUAUGCCGCCAUAUGCAAUCCCCUCCAUUACAGCACCAUCAUGAGCCGCCGGGUGUGCCUCCAGUUGGCUGUGGCCAUGUGGCUCGGCGGUUUGCUGCACUCCAUAGCCCUGACAUUGUUGACGCUCAAUGUGCCCUACUGCGGCCCCAACAGCAUCGACAACUUCUUCUGCGACGUCCCUUUGGUCAUCAAACUGGCCUGUGCCAACACUUACGUCUUCGAAAUCCUCAUUGUCUCCAACUCGGGGGUGAUCUCGGUGGUCUGCUUUGUUGUUCUGGUGGUCUCCUACGUGGUCAUCCUCGUUUCCUUGAGGAACCGCUUCUCUGAAGGGCGGCGGAAGGCUCUGUCGACUUGCGCUGCUCACCUAACGGUGGUCACCUUCUUCCUGGGCCACUGCAUCUUCAUCUACCUCAGACCGGCCAAGAGUUUGGCUGCGGACAAGGUGGUUUCUAUCUUCUUCACGGCGGUCACACCCCUGCUCAACCCGGUCAUCUACACCCUGCGGAAUGAGGACAUGCUGAAUGCCCUGAACAAGCUGCGAGGCCGACAGGUCAAUCUGGAAGGCAAAGGGCAUUAG